AACGACCCCAAAGAGCAAAAAAGUGUCUCACAAAAGCCACGUGUGUUCCUUGUUGACACAAUUCAUCCUCCCAACAAAGCAAUGCUAAAGGCAAGAACACGUGACUGUCCCGUCGUGAUUUUCCAACAAUUUUUGUUCUGUCGACGUCAACAAGCUCUCCCAGUCCCAUUUCCAGCACUCGUGUCACAUGGCAGAACAAUCGCCCUAGACGAGGUUUACAUGUCAGAUCCCUUAUCGGAUGAGGUGGAGACAUGAGACGCGAGAUCUGCGGGCGGACAGUUCGGAGGAGACUCGUGGAUGAGAUGGUGUUAAAAUCGAUCUUCCUUCUGGGGUGCCUCGCCCUGGCAUCCGCGGACAUUCCUGUGGCGUGUUACUACGAGGACAUCCGCGGCACAUGGAUCUUCCAGGAGACGGAGCGGUCGGGCGACAGCAGCCUCAGCUGCGACGAGCUCGGCCCCGUCGUCCACACCAAGACCUUCACCCUCAGCUUCCCCGACACUGUCAUGGACGAGCUUGGAAACGAAGGAACGUGGACUAUGAUUUCGAGUCAAGGGUUUGAGGUAAAUAUCAACGGGAGGUCCUACUUCGCCUUCUCCUACUACGAGGGCGACUGGGUGAACUCCAUCUCCUACUGCGACCGCACCUUCAACGGUUGGUCACGUGACAAGACAGUGAGGAAUUGGUCCUGUUUCAAAGGGCAAAAAAACACGAAGACUGUUCCUCGUGUCACUCGCAAGAUGACGUCACGGCCUCCCACUCGAGCCUUCAAGAACGACCUCAAGAUGGUGGAGGAGAUCAACGCUUCCAAGACGUCGUGGCGGGCCAAGGUCUACCCACGCCUUGAGGAGUACUCAGUCGAAGAGAUGUUCCUCCGCGCGGGAGGUCCCGCCAGCGUCCUCCCCAACCCCCCUUCCCCCGCCCCCGCGACCCCCCAGCAGAAGGCCCGCGUGUCCUUCCUGCCGGAGAACUUCGACUGGCGUGACGUGGAGGGCGUAAACUACGUGAGCGCCGUCAGGGACCAGGGAGGAUGCGGCUCCUGCUACGUGUUUGCUUCCUUGGCUCAGCUGGAGGCCCGGCUGCGCAUCGAUACCCGCAAUGAGCGCCAGGACGUCUUCUCAACGCAGGACGCCGUCUCGUGUUCCGUGUUAUCCCAGGGGUGCCUCGGAGGCUUCAACUACCUGAUCGCGGGUCGCUACGCCAUGGACCAGGGCGUCGUGGCCGAGGAGUGCAACCCUUACGUUGGUCUCCUUGGCACCUGCGACACCGACGGGACCUGCGCGCGCACCUACGUGAGCGAGUACGAAUACGUGGGCGGUUACUACGGAGCGUGCAACGAGGAGCUCAUGUUGCACGCCCUUGUUGCAGAAGGACCGAUGGCCGUGGCUUAUAUGGUUUAUGAUGACUUCCAUAACUACGAGGGAGGGAUCUACCAUCACACUGGUUUCAAGAACGAUUUUAACCCACUUGAGGUCACCAACCACGCCGUCCUGCUGGUUGGCUACGGCGUGGACAACACCACAGGCGAGAAGUACUGGACGUGCAAGAACUCGUGGGGCGCGGACUGGGGCGAGGACGGCUUCUUCAGGAUCAGGAGAGGAACCAACGAGUGCUCCAUCGAGUCCUUAGCUUUCCAUUCAACGGUUAUUCCUUAAGAAGAAAAGGGUAAAGAGUGAAAGGGAUUGAUGUAUAUGAUGCAGAAUUAAUAAACAAAUGAAGAUAUUAAAAAAAA